CAUGCACUCGGUGCAGGCUUUUUGCUGGUGCAGGCUGUCUGCAGGCGGUGUCGAUGUAGCAGUGGUCAUUUGGCAAUUAAAUAAGUUCAGUUAAAGUCGUGACACACAGUCGCAUCUAUAGCCAGUGUUCAUUAUAGCCGGGAGCAGAUGCUUGGUUUGAUCUAGUUGAUCAGCUGUGAAGAAAGCGGCCAGUGUGAGCAUGACAGAGGUAACGAAAGGGGUGUUCGGAGUCCUACCCGAACUGGGUUCCGUAGAAAAGUGGACUUUGAGAACAGACAGUGUGUGUGUGGAGGUCAUCUCUCUGGGUUGUGUCAUAACGGCAAUAAAGACCCCCGAUCGCCACGGCCACUUCGAGGAUGUUGUAAUUGGUUUUGAUGACUUAGAAAGUUAUGUGUCAAACCCACGCUUCUUUGGUGCCGUGGUGGGCAGGGUUGCUAACCGGAUUGCCAAAGGCCGCUUCUCCAUAGACGGACAGCAGUACCAACUCGCAGUGAACAAUGGGCCUAAUGCUCUCCAUGGGGGCAUACAGGGAUUUAACAAGGCAUUAUGGACGAGCGAAAUGGUGAAGAAUGGCGUGAAAUUCAGCCACUGCAGCCCUGAUGGAGACGAAGGUUACCCUGGAAACCUACGCGUGUCCGUAACCUAUACUCUGGACACACACACUCUAACCGUUCAUUACAGCGCGCACACGGACAAAACUACACCUGUCAACCUCACCAAUCACUCUUACUUUAACCUGGCAGGACAGGGCAAAGCUGAUAUCUAUGACCAUGAGGUGACUGUGUCAGCCCAAGCUUACCUGCCCGUUGAUGACACCAUGAUCCCAACAGGAGAGGUGAAGUCGGUGGAAAACACGCCCUUUGACCUCAGAGCACCCGUUCUGAUUGGGUCCCGACUGAAGGAACUUCCUGGUCCCGGCUUUGACCACAACUUCUGUCUGCGGGAGCCAACGCAACCAUGCGAGGAGCGUCCCUGUGCUAGGGUGGUGCAUCCUGGGAGUGGGCGUGUCCUGGAGGUGAGCACCAACCAACCAGGUGUCCAGUUCUACACCGCCAACUUCCUAGAUGGAACCCUUAGAGGGAAAGGCGGCGCCUGCUACCCCAAACACAGUGCCUUCUGCCUGGAGACCCAGAACUGGCCUGAUGCAGUCAACCAGCCCCGGUUUCCUGAUGCCCUGUUGAGGCCUGGAGAGGAAUACUCACACACCACUGGCUUCAAAUUCACGGUGGUCUAACACACACACACACACACACACACCUCAGUUAUCUCUGGUAUACCACACACACACAAUUCUCAUAUGAAGAUCAAAACUACACCAGCUCCCUCAUUCAAAUCUCAGGUUGCACGCAUGCGCACACACACACACACAAACACUAUACUAGGACCAAUCACACACACACACACACACAAUACUAGGACCAAUCACACACACAGACAGAAGAACACAACACUAGGACCAUUCACACACACAGAUUCAAAUCAUGCUGCUUGUGAGAUGAGAUUGUGAAUGUGCAAUAAAAGGAAAAGAUGA